AUGAGGUGGAAAUUGUCAGCGUUUUUAAUGCUGUAUGUAAGUAUCACGUAUGGAGAAGAUACAGAUAUGAAUGACUCAGCACAUAUUGUUGCAUCAAAAUUUACACUAUCACAAUAUGCAGUUGAAGGGAUGGAUUAUAUUAUUGAUUAUCGUCUAUACAACGUCGGUGACAAGGCUGCCUUACGUGUAGCAUUAGAUGAUCGAGAUGGUUUCCCUACGCAAACUUUUGACGUUAUACAAGGUCUCUUGCAGGUACGUUGGGAAAGAAUAGCUCCGGGCAAUAAUGUUUCACAUUCAGUAGUAGUGCGUCCACGAGCUGUUGGUGCAUUUAAUUAUUCAUCAGCUCAAAUAACUUACUAUCCAACUGAAGAUGCUAAGGAAGUGCGCGUCAGCUAUACAACGGCUCCGGGAGAAGGAUAUAUUUAUCGAAGGAAAGAUUAUGAUCGGAAGUUUUCGGCGAAAGUGGGUGUAUGGUUGGUAUUUUUGAUGUUGGUUGCACCAUCAACAGUUAUUCCGUUUAUACUAUGGUACAGCAGUAAGUCGAAAUAUGAUCAGGAAGCUCCGCUGAAGAAAAGCAAAUGA